AUGAUCGAUCGCAUAGACCGACGCAUUCUCUCGAUCCUCCAGGAGGAUUGCACCAUUCCCGUUGCCGAGGUCGGGCGGCGCGUCGGGCUGUCGACCACGCCCUGUUGGCGCCGCAUCCAGAAGCUUGAAGAGGAUGGUGUCAUCAAGCGCCGGGUCGCCAUCCUCGAUCCGCGCAAGGUCAACGUGAAGGUGACGGCCUUCGUGGCGAUCACCACCUCGCGGCACAAUGACGACUGGCUGCGCAAGUUUGCCGAUGUGAUCUCGGAGUUCCCGGAAGUCAUCGAGUUCUAUCGCAUGGCGGGACAGGUCGACUAUCUGCUGCGCGUCGCGGUGCCGGAUAUCGAGGCCUACGACGCUUUCUACAAAAGGCUGAUCGCCAAGAUCGAUAUUUCGGAUGUGUCGACUUCCUUCGCGAUGGAGCAGAUCAAGUCGACCAGCGAACUGCCGCUGGCCUAUAUCCCGACCGAGAAGCCGCGAACGGAGCGUGAGAGCUGA